CCACGCUUGUUCUCAACUUUUGACAAAUGGCUGACAUUUGACAAGUGUCUUCUCGCGCGUCUUGUGAUAAGUGUGUCUCGUAAUGUCCUCGGUGCAAAGUCACCCUUUCCGAUGAUGUGAUUAUGUGCGAAACUCCCCCACUUGUGAUAAAAUCAACAUCAGCUGGCGACCUACUCAACAACACGAUGACACUCCUCCCCGACUCCCCCAUUCAGCAAUCCGUCGAACUCUCCAAACUCAAACGGACCUUCACCCUGCCUCGAAACCCCUUCAACACCGCAAAACGGCGCCCCAAGGAGUCCGACCCCGACGACAAGCGAGUCUUCAGACGGCCGUCCAUCCGCAAAUUCAUCAACAAAAUCGCCCAGCACAUCGGGGGCGUCCCCGUCAUCAACGGCGACUCGCGCGUGCCGCCUGUGGGGCUCCAGACGUGGGGCCCCGACGACACGCCCGGCGUCACAGGCCUCAAAAACCACGGGAAUACGUGCUUUAUCAACGCUGUGCUGCAAUGCAUCUCGCAUACGGACGUCCUGGCAGAGUAUUUCGUUCUAGAUCGGUACAAAAUUGACCUUUCGAGACGGAAUAAACUCAAUUCGAAGAAGUUCGGGACGAAGGGCGAGAUUACGGAACAGUUGGCUUUGCUUUUGAAGGCGUUGUGGGCCUGUCAGUACAGCCCCGAGCUCAGCACCAGCUUCAAGCAAGUGGUGGAAAGACAUGGGAGUCAGUACAAGGGCAAUCAGCAACACGACGCCCUCGAGUUCUUACAGUGGCUGUUGGAUAAGGUGCACGAGGACCUUAAUACGGCUUCCAAGAAGAAGUAUAAGUUGAUUAAGACUUCCGGCCGCUCGGACGAGGUAAUCGCCGCCGAAACCCUCGAGAAUUACAAACGAUGCAACAAUUCAUUCAUCCAGGGGGUAUUCCAGGCCCAAUACCGGUCAUCGUUGAGUUGUUCUCGUUGCCGCACCCAAUCCAACACCUUCGAUCCGUUCCAAUGUAUCUCCGUGCAAUUGCCCCAAUUCAGCAAACAAUCGAUCUAUGUCACGGUGUUGUAUACGUCGCAGCAACCGAGACAGGUCCAAAUCGGUUUGAGUUUACCAUCGGGAGCUACCGUUUCGGAAUUGAGGGAUAUCCUCGAAUCGGACACGUCCAUCGAACGUGCCAAUAUGUUAAUCACCGAGAUUGGGGAGGCGGGAUUUUUGAGAACUUUUACCGAUACGCAAUCGGUGAAUAUUAUAAGUGAAAUUGAUCCGAUUUAUUGCAUCGAAGUGGCGCAAUUGAAGGAUUUGGAAGAGGAUACGACGAGUGCUUAUAUUUUGUUGUGUUGGAUUAAUGUGGUUCAAGAGGGGGAUGGGUUCAAGAGGUUCGGCAGCCCCUAUACGAUGCAAGUCUCCCGCGAAACCUCCUACGAGGACCUCCAGAAACUCCUCCUCAAAGAGAUGGCCCCCAUCCUCCACGACGACAUUCUCACGUCGUCUCAACCGAAGGGUGUUUUCAAAAUACGCAUUUCGGAUCCCGCUUGUAACGAUAACGAGCCUCCUUGUUACCUCGAACCUGAGCUCGAGCAUCCACUUUUUAUGGAGGAUGUUGAUCAAGCAUUAGCUUUAUGUAGCGAAGAAGGUGGGCCCCCACAUGUCAAACUUGUCAUCGAGUUUUCACAGAGUGCCAAAAAUGCGAUAAUUGCUGAUGAUAGUGAUGUUAUUGAGGAACAUUCGUCGGUAAAACAAUUGAAAACGCAAGCGUUACAAGGGGGCGCACCUUUGACUUUGGAGGAAUGUUUGACGGAUUAUACCGAAGCGGAGACUUUGACGGAUGCGUGGAGGUGCCCCCAUUGUCAGCAGUACCAACCUGUGGUGAAAACAUUAGAUUUGUGGUCGUUGCCUGAUAUUUUAGUCGUGCAUUUUAAACGGUUUCGACAGCAAACUUUACGGGGCUGUAGUAGCGCCAAAUUGACAACUAUGGUCGAUUUUCCGGUUUAUAAUCUCGAUAUGAGCCCCCAUUUGGCAAACAAGGGCCAAAAUAUCGCCGAUGACCAGAUGAUAAUGACCAAUGGGUGGAGUCCGUUUAAACGUACGCGGAAACAAUCGAACGCCAACGACAAUAUGUACGACCUUUAUGGUAUUUGCUACCAUCAUGGUAGUGAUAUCGAAACCGGUCAUUAUACCGCCGCCUGUAAAAACCCCUAUGACAGUCAGUGGUACCUCUACGACGACGCAAAAGUCACCAACUUGUCGAAACAAACUGACGACAUCAGCGCCCUCUUAGUCAACAACAGCGCUUAUAUUUUGUUUUACCAACGUCGUAAUGUUGGUUCGAGUACCAGCAGUGCGGCUAGUACCAGUUCGGUGGGUUCCUCAACCGACCAUUGGGUGUCUCGAAUGCCCAAAUUCGUUCCACCAAAAAACAUCAAAAUCGAAAAGAAACCGAAAGUAGACGAUGAGACGAAGACUAGCGACGAAGUCGCGUUACGUAAUUCGCAGAAUAAGCUCGACAGUGCUGCCAAUCCACGAAAGUCUCUAGACAAGUCGACUAGUACCGAGGAGGUCAAGUUGUAUACGACGAGUAUUUAUAUUAAUUCGUGUGGGGACAUGGACAAGGAGGUGUCAGAGGGUGAGGUCAAGGUCACAAUGACUGAGCCAGAGGUCAGGAAAGUGUACACAACGACGGCGGCUGUGCACCGGUACUCGGAUAAUGUGUCAAGGACGAAGCUCAAUUGGAUGUCGCCACAGCCUGUACGGAAAUUGAACCAAUCGCAACAGUCGGUUUGAAUGUUGGUUUUGUAUAUAAGCACUAAGUAGUUGCCUUUGUUAAGUGGGUUUUAAUCAGAUAUUUAAGAGAUUUGUUUUAUUUUUUAAUAUUUUAUUUACCGUUUAAGUAAAUAUUUAUUUUUUGUGAGGGUAUUUAUUACCGUUUUUGUUAGUGGUGAUAUUAACUGAACUUGUGUAACCAUGCAAUUAAUCACCGACAAUAAGUUUUCAGUUUUUUCGAUGGCUUUAUUUUGUUGUUUUUUGUUAAAUUACUAGUCAUCAAUGAAAUACCAAAUAAAAAGUAUUUCCACUUAUUAUAGGAUUAAAAUAGUAGCAGUCGGUACUGUAACGUGUAACGUGCCUUAAAUUGGAAUAAACAUUAUUACCCUUUGUUUA